AUGUUGGUAACUGUCAUUCCAGAUGGAUGGAUCUUGGCAUUGAUUCUGGCAGAUCCGCAAAUGAUUGUUCCCAAUGUACAGCUUGCAUUUCAAGUGUUUCAUGUUCGCAAUACUCAUAAUUAUGAGUUCCUCCAGUGGAUGACACGGGCCACGACCUCGGGUUACCAUGCUGGAGCAGCCGGAUUACAGCUGCUCUACGACCAGCAGAUAUCGCCUAGCUGUGGACAAACUCGAGUGUGCCUGUCGCACAAAGGGAAAGCGCUGGAGAUUCUGAGGCAGACGCUUACUACUGCACCAAAAUCCGUGCCUGAUGAUGAGCUCCUUGUCAUUCUGUCUCUGGCGACGGUGCAGCGAACGGUCGACAUGAAGGUCCAUCGGUACCAUCUCGAGGCCCUCGCCAACAUUGUGACUGCUCAGGGCGGCUUGGAUUUAGUGGCAGAGCAUCCUCGAUGUACAAUCUUACAGUUCGACUCAUGGUGGAGCUUGUCGACAGGUCUUCGAUAUUUUUCGUCCCGCCAGUCUCUUGCGCAACCAGACUGUUCAAGUGGAACAAUGCUCGCGCAUUUUCGGCAUCAGCUGAAGGACAUUCCCGAAGGCUUCCACUGUUUGAUCGUUGAUGGGAAGCUGUCCACCAACCUCGUCGAGAUUCUUUGCCGCCUCGCGUUUGUCUACCGAAGUUCAAAGCUAAAACGAGACGCUUCCGGUGAUAUCAUUGGCAUGCCAUACACGGACCGACCGGUGUGGAGGACUUUCCAAGAGGCGUGCCCAGCGCUGGAUGCCGCAGACGCAAGCAAAGAGAAGUUGCUGGCGAUGGCCAUUGUCAUCUACUGCGGCGUUGGAUUCGACUCGGCUCCGGUAUCCAGCAACGCCGGCUUGGCCUCGGGGACAGAGCUAAGCAGAAUGCUCCUUCAAUACGUGUGGGAGCCCGACUCUCGGGAUGAGGUCUCCUGGGUCUCCUGCCUCUUUUGGAUGUGGAUGGUGGCAAUUAGUUCGUGGCAGACCAGUUCAGGAAGAGGCCUCCUCCCACGCGGAGUCGAGCUACUCCUGACGCUGCAGCGGAGAUUUGAGAGGAUCAAAGGAUGGAAUGCCGUGGAGGAUAUCCUGGCGGCCUUUCCCUGGAACGAGAGACUUACCACGCUCUGCAAAGCAGAGUUUGAGCGAGUUAGAUCCUGA